AAAUCAACCGUCAAAUUUUAAGGAACAUCAAGAACCACAAGUCAUCCUUUCGAAUGAAAUACAAAGGCGUCGACAAUUGAUUAGUUUUUACACCACCUACAUACACCUCACUGACACCUGAGAUUUGUUCACCGGAAUUCACGUAUGGCCACCGUCACGACUCAAGCGUCUGCCGCCGUGUUCCGGCCAUGUGCAUCCAGAUCGAGGUUUUUGAGUGGGUCUCCUAAUAAACUCAACAGAGAAGUGUCGUUUAAACCAACGACAUCAUCUUCUUUUAAAGUCGAGGCCAAGAAAGGCGAGUGGCUGCCUGGUUUGCCCUCUCCAGCCUACCUCAACGGCAGUCUUCCAGGGGAUAAUGGGUUUGACCCUCUUGGACUAGCAGAGGACCCAGAGAACCUGAGAUGGUUUGUCCAGGCAGAGCUUGUGAACGGAAGAUGGGCAAUGUUAGGUGUAGCAGGAAUGCUAUUACCAGAGGUAUUCACAAAGAUUGGAAUAAUUAACGCUCCUCAGUGGUACGAUGCAGGGAAAGUAGAGUACUUCGCAUCAUCAUCAACUUUGUUUGUAAUUGAGUUCAUAUUAUUCCAUUAUGUGGAGAUUAGAAGAUGGCAAGAUAUCAAGAACCCAGGAUGUGUCAACCAAGAUCCUAUCUUCAAGCAAUACAGCUUGCCUCCACAUGAAUGUGGUUACCCUGGUGGUAUCUUUAACCCCCUUAACUUUGCACCCACUCUUGAGGCCAAGGAGAAGGAACUUGCUAAUGGGAGAUUGGCAAUGUUGGCAUUCCUAGGGUUUGUGGUUCAACAUAAUGUGACAGGGAAAGGACCAUUUGAGAACCUAUUGCAGCACCUAUCUGACCCAUGGCACAACACCAUUGUCCAAACACUAAGGGGUUACUAAAUUCAUUAGAGAAGAAAUGGGGUCCUGUUUCCUGCUUUUGUAACCAUGAAUAUAUGGUUUUUGAAUGAGGUUAAUAUGAGAAUUAAUGUGAAACAAGCAACCUUUCAAUGUACAGAAGAACUAAGAUGCCUUUUAUAUUAUUAAUUUAUUACUAUUGUUAUAAUCUUAA